ACCAACUUGUGGAAUAAGGAAAAUGCAUUUUCAGCCGUACUGUGUUUCAAGUGGGGUUCUAAUUUUAAAUAACUCUCAAUUUGUACUCUGUAGAGUACCCGGCUUAAUAAAACCUCUUCUAAAGAAAGUAGUCUUAUUAAUUUAAGUUUUGUUCCGUCAACAAAAUAAUUUAAAAUGCGUAUUGAAGAAAUAAAAAAUGAUUUGAUUAUCAAAUACAAAGAAUCUCGGUCAGAAAAACUCGGCAGAUACUUAGUUUCGGCUAAAAAAUUAUCUUCUGGCGAAGUAAUUUUACGCGAUAACCCAGUAGUCGUUGGUGCAGCGUCUUUCAAUGGAAAUUAUCUGUGUUUCUCAUGUUUCCGGGUGAUAAGAACUUCGAGUAUCAGUUUGUCGUGCAGAAAAUGCAAGGUUGCGAUCUUCUGUUCGACUGCUUGUGAGACACGAAAAUCUUUUCAUACAGCGGAAGAAUGUCAAUUGCUGCAGGAUAAGCUGACUGGUGACUCGGUAAAUCAAUUGGAUGUCAAAGGAAUUUUGUUACCACUCAGAUUGUUGCUGAUUAAAGAAAGUAACCCAGAGUUGUGGGAUAAAAUUAUGAAACUGGAAGCUCAUUUGGACGAAAGGCAAAACACUGUAGUCUGGAAAGAGCGCCAGGAAGAAGUCGUUGACGUUUUGAAGUUUUUUAAAUUCACUGAAGAGAGUGAUGAAGUAAUCCAGCGACUAUGUGGGAUUAUCGAUGUUAAUUCAUUCGAGUUGCGCUCUCCAGGAACUCUUGAUUCCGCUUUACGAGGACUCUAUGUAGAAGCUGCUCUGAUGGCUCAUGAUUGCCGUGGAAAUACUCAUAUUACCGUAGAUGAUGAUUUUCAACUCACGGUCUACGCAAGUCGGCCUAUAGAAGAGGGCGAAUCGAUACUUUUUAAUUACACUUCUUCAUUACUUGGUACUGCGGAAAGACGAGAGCAUUUGAGAAAAGGAAAAUAUUUUGAAUGUGAAUGUCCAAUGUGCGAAGAUCCAGAAGAACUUGGUGCCAAUCUUAGUACCAUUUAUUGUCCGCGAUGUAAAGAAGGAUCUAUUAUAUACGAAGGCAAGUCGCGAAUAAAUCCUUAUUUGAAAGAAAAAAAAUGGAAGUGCAAAAAAUGUCUGCGAUGUUACUCUGGAUCGUUAAUUAAAACCACUUUAGAAUUAACUAAGACACGAAUUGAUCAAGCUGAUGAUUCUCGGGUCAAGGAGUUGGAAAACCUAUUGAAUAAUUUAUCGUCCAUGAUGCAUUCAAAUCAUUUUCUCAUCAUGAGUUUGAAGCAAAAAUUACUAGCGCUGUACCGAAAAGAAAUAACUUGUCUGAAUCCUAAGAAAAAAACUUUACAGCGCAUGAUGCAACUCUGCAAAGAAAUAUUACAAGUUUUAGAAAUUGUCGAGCCUGGAAUUUCUCGACUGAAGGGUAUACUGUUGUAUGAAAUCCAUUUACCGAUUGUAAUAAUAGCUAAUAAAGACUACGCGUCUAGAGAAAUAACAUCUGAAGAAUUGGCAGAACGUCUUGAAGAAGCUGAAAAUUAUUUGAAAAAAUCACUAAGCAUGUUGUUGAUCGAGCCUGCGUCAACUCCCGAAGGCAUUUUAGCAAAACGUGCUCUCAAAGAAUACAAAUCAUUGAGAUUAAAUCUUGAUGACGUUAGAUCAUUGCCACCUUCACCACAGUCCAAGAAAAUUGAUUUUGAACUGAUGAAAAAACGUAGAAAUAGAAAAAAUAAAUGAAUUUCAUUUGUAGUAAAAUAAAUAUUUAAUUAGGGUAGAGGUGCCAUUUUUAGCCACUGCUCCAUUUUUUGACACUUACUUAAUUUUAAUUAAUUAAUA